AUGUCUUACCCACCACUUUCGCCUAGCGGACUUCCCAACUCACCACGAGCAAAUCGCCAAAUGCAGAUGCUUUCUCCUCUCGACACAUCAUUCUCAUCUGAUUCAUCGCAAACACCAUCGCCAUACUCGAGCACAUCUAAAAAGCAAUCACACAAGGCCCGCGACAUCUUCGCCGACGCUAUCAUACCUCUCAGCCCAGCGUCGUCAACAAGUUCGACAAGGAAAGCGAACCCCUACGAAGGCCUCGAACCGCGGAAGCGCAGCGGCCUUGCACGACUCUUCUGCUGUCUCGGUCGCGAAGAGCGCGCAAGGCGGCGUGUGAACAGGAGUUUGGAGUUUGAGAAGGUUGGCGAAGACUGUCAUUGGUCGGAGUACUAG